AAUUUGUCAGUUUGUCUGUAUGUGCCUGAGCUGUAAUCUCUGACUCAGAAAUUUUCAAAGACUAAGAGGGAAAUUUGCUGAAUUCUGAGACGACAUAAAAAGGGCAAAGGAAACAUCUUCUGCUUCUUCUUUCCCUUCUUUCUUCUUCUUUUUCUUCUUCUCAGGCUGAUAGUUCAGUUCUUUUCUGUUUCAAAUUCUUCAGAUUUUAUGAAGAUGGCUUUUUCAGGGACGACCCAAAAGUGCAAGGCCUGUGACAAGACCGUUUACUUGGUUGAUCAGCUUACUGCUGAUAACAAAGUCUACCACAAGGCCUGCUUCAGGUGCCACCAUUGCAAAAGCACUCUUAAGCUGUUCAAUUACUCCUCAUUUGAAGGUGUAUUGUAUUGCAAACCUCACUUUGAUCAGUUGUUCAAGAUGACUGGAAGUUUGGAGAAAAGUUUUGAAGGUACUCCAAGAACCAUUAGAACAGACAGGUCUACCAAUCAGGUUCAAACAAAUAGCAAGGUGUCCAGUUUAUUUGCUGGAACUCAAGACAAAUGUGUUACUUGCAAGAAAACCGUUUAUCCAAUUGAGAAGGUGGCAGUAGAUAGUAAAUCAUACCACAGAUCUUGCUUCAGGUGCUCACAUGGAGGAUGUGUGAUUAGCCCAUCGAACUACAUAGCACACGAAAGUCGUCUAUAUUGUAGACAUCAUCACAACCAACUCUUCAAACAGAAGGGGAAUUUCAGCCAACUUGACAAGCAUGAAGAGAUUGCAAGUGACUGAGAAAUGAGAACACAGCAGAGUAAAACUUGGUGUCAGAUUCAACUGUUAUAACGUGCACGAGAAGUGGAUAAAGUUACAAUUUUCUUCGAUACUUACAGGUUCGGGUUUGCGAUUCUAUAGAGUGUACUUAUAUCAAUAAUUUUUUUGAGUGUGAGCUGAAGACCUUACAUAAGCACUUCAGAAAAUCUGUGAUGUUUUGUUAUCCUAUUCAAUUGAGACUUGAAGCCGUUUUCAAUAUUUUUUGUUUCUAUGUGAAGUGACUGCUUUGUUUCA